AGCGCUGUGGCCGCUGUGCCUCCCUCCGGCCGCCAGGGGGAGCGCUGGAGGCGCUCGCCCCUCCCGCCACGCCCCCCGCGCCACUUCCUCUUCCGCCGCCGCCGUCGCCGCGUCGCCUGCUCCUCCGCGCCAUGUCCUCCCACAAGACCUUCAAGAUCAAACGCUUCCUCGCAAAGAAGCAGAAGCAGAACCGGCCGAUCCCUCAGUGGAUCCGCAUGAAGACGGGCAACAAGAUCAGGUACAACUCCAAAAGGAGGCACUGGAGGAGGACCAAACUGGGCUUGUAAGAGAGACUGUCUUCAGGGAACUCUAAUGAAACACCUGUCUUUCUGCGUCAGAUCCAUAUGCCCCAUAUGCUGUUCCACAAGUCCCAAGUGAUGUCUUCUUUGGUGUUGGACUGCAGUCUCUGAUGUUUGGGGUUUUUUUGUAAGCUAGCGUGGGUUAUUGAUGUUAAUAAUUGCAUCUGAAACAUGAAGACUGUGUUCUAUUGGUGUUCUUUCUUACGGGCUCACUAAUAAAUACGGACCUUAAUGA